UCUGACAUUUAUAUUAGACUGGGAAUGCAAACAUGUUGGAGACACGGGACCAACAAUGGUGCUGAGGAGAUAAAACACUUUGGAUGCUUUUUAAACUUGAAAUAAAUUUUCGACUUGGAAAAGUUAUUAUUUACUAAACUGGUGGAAAGAAAAACAGGUAGACAACUUGAGACCCGGAACCAAAGAUGAACUGGGCAUCAUUUUAUGCUGUCAUCAGCGGCGUGAACAGACACUCCACAGGCAUCGGUCGCAUCUGGCUCUCUGUCCUGUUCAUUUUCCGCAUCCUGGUCCUGGUGGUGGCAGCGGAGAGCGUGUGGGGUGACGAGAAGUCCGGCUUCACCUGCAACACCCAGCAGCCGGGCUGCAACAGCGUCUGCUACGACCACUUCUUCCCCAUCUCUCACAUCCGCCUGUGGGCUCUUCAGCUCAUCCUGGUCUCCACUCCCGCCCUGCUGGUGGCCAUGCACGUGGCCCACCGCCGCCACGUUGACAAGAGGCUCUACAGACUGUCAGGGCGAAGCAACCCCAAAGACCUGGAGCAGAUAAAGACCCAGAAGAUGAAAAUCACAGGGGCUCUCUGGUGGACGUACGUCAUCAGCCUGCUGUUCCGUAUUGUCUUUGAGGUCACCUUCAUGUACGUGUUUUACAUGAUCUACCCUGGUUACAAGAUGAUCCGGCUGGUGAAGUGUGACUCGUACCCCUGUCCCAACACAGUGGACUGCUUCGUGUCGAGGCCCACGGAGAAGACCGUCUUCACCGUGUUCAUGCUGGCCGUGUCAGGGGUUUGUAUUCUGCUCAACAUUGCAGAGGUGGUCUUCUUGGUAGGGAAGGCCUGCAGCAAGCAUUUGCACAAUGCUGGAGACUCAACCAUGGGGGCUUGGAUCCAACAGAAACUCUGCUCAUACUAACAAAACACAUAGAUUUCAUACCUGCACCUAGGGAUAUUAAAGUGACCUUAGAUCCAGGCUACAAUGGUAAAUUUAACCUGUGGGUAAGGUACGUAAAAUAUAGGCUACUGUACAUCAGUGAACAAUGCAUUUGGUGCCAAUAUGUUCACACAAGUUUUGCACCAGUGUUCACCAAACUUUAAGUGAUAUUUCAAAGCAUUCUCUCUGGGAAUACAAUAUCUAUUCACUUGUAGUAACAGUAUGAUGUAACACAAUAUAAUAGUUUGAUGUUUGACCAAAUAAAGAUCAAUAUAGUAACAUUUUAUAAAUCUAUAUUCCAGCUGAACACAUCAUAGCCUUUCAUUAUCAUGGACUUUUUGGCUAUGAUGAAGAUUUUUGGUCUUGGAAUGAAAAUAUCAAAUUAAGAAAUGUCAUUUAAAAUCAUUGAGUCAGCAGAAAAUACAACGAACAGCAAUGUUUCUAGUAUUUUAAUUUGUAAUAUUCUGUUAUUUACAUCAAUAUGAUGACAUAAAGCUUUUGUCUAAAUCACCAUGAACUCAAUCUAAUGGAUUUGGGGGUUUAUUGCUUUUCUACAGUUGUUACUUGCAAGAUGUUAAACUAAUGCAUGGAAAAUAUGUUGCAUUUCAUAAAUGUUAAAUGAUACUGUGUUUGUUUAAUACAAAUUCUUCACAUUGGUGGUUAAAUGGCUCUCGAAAAAACUUGAACUGCAAAUUUUCAUUAGUGAAGUUUACUACUGUUUGCUAAACAUGUUAUUUAAAUUCAUUCAUCUUGAAGCUGGAUGUUUGUAUGUUGUCAUUAAAUACACAGAGGGAUAAAAUCAA